UGUGACGCCGUCCCCAGGGCGAGAACAACCAAACACAACUCCUUGUGCUGGUUUACCUCAAUGGUCGUGGCUGAGGCACGAGAAAGCCAAGAUGAUGGUGAAAGUGUUGGUGCUGAUGUACCUUGUGAACGUGGCGGCCCGGCCCAAGAUGCAGAGUGCGAGAAGGCUUCAGUCUCUUGGAGCUGUUGUGGCGGAGGACCUCCUGGCGGCCACGGGCGGCGACUCGUGCUCGGUCGUCUUCAUAACAGAUGGCUCUACGUCGUCCUUUAUCGUCACAAAGGCGUGGCAGCAGUGGCGGGGCGCGGCGGUGUUCCAGACAGACCCAAGAAAUCAGAAGAAUAAUGUGACCGACCACCUUCAGCUAGUACGUCUGGCUCGCCAGGUGCGUCAGUUGUCGUGGUGCACGGUGGUGGUGGUGGUGAGUCACGACCCGGCCUUCCUCGCCGCCUUCGCCGAGUGGUCCCUGAGAGGCCGGCUACUGGUGUGGUCCACCAGGCUGGUGGUAGUGACCCGCCUGGCUCUCCCGCAGCUCCGGGCCCUCCUGCCCGCUUACUGGACCUUCGCCAUGAUGAACGCUCUCGUCCUCAACAUGGAGGGCGAUUCACCUCACUUAAAGUGUGUUGGGUACACGUACCUGCCCUACAGCCCGAGUGGGGCCACGGUACAGCAGGUGGCUGUAUGGACACCAAAGAGAGGCCUGUACCUGCGCUCCGACCUUCUGCCUUUUUCGGAAAAGUUUGUAAACUUUCACGGGGCGGAUGUGCUUGUGACCCCUCAGCCGUUCAUGCCGUUCUGGGGCGGGGAGCAGCGGCAGGCCCCCGAUGGUUCCCUGCUCUCCACUCUCGAGGGCUCCGACUACCAGCUAUUGGUGGCCGUGGCCGAGGCGCUCAACUUCACCAUACGCAUCUUACCCAGUGUCUCUUGGGGGGACGCAAUACAAAAAGUCGAGGAGCGGGCGUCAUUCAUUUGUCCAGUCUAUCAUAUCGUAAUGUCCGUCAGAGUUAAAAGACAUGACUUCACUUUUACGCAUGAAUUUUCCUAUCUGAGCUUCGCCAUGGCCAAGCCCAGCCAAAAGCCGCAGUGGCAGGGUCUGUACUACCCGCUGGCCGAGCAGGUGUGGCUGGCCGUGCUGGCCGCCCUCAUCCUUGUCCCACUUGUUUAUAAAGCGGUUACUUACAUACAACUGAAACAACGUGAGUACAGAACUAGCGUAGCAGCGGUGUUCCAGAACAUGACGGGGAUGCUGCUGGGCCAGAACCUUCCCCGCCGGCUGCCUAGCACCUCCUCCAGCCGAGUGCUGCUGGCCGCCUGGCUGGUGUUCGCCCUCAUCCUCGGGGUGGCCUACCGCGGCAACCUCACCGCCUCCCUCACCCUGCCCAAGUACCCGUCCCGCACUGAGACGAUUCCUCAGCUCGUCGAGGCCGUGGAGAGGUGAAGGGAGAGGGAGAGAGAGAUCACUAGUAAUUGUUGAUGGCUCUGAACCUCGAUAGUUAUAUUUACUUUCUCAGUUACAAUGUAAGAAAUCUGUUUCGUUUAGCAAUAUCUUUUUUUACUACUUCUUUUGUCUCCAGGAUAACAAUAUUUGGGUUCGGAGAAGCUCACCUCAAAUUCUACAGGGAAUCUGAUUCUCCGCUCUACCAAGCCUUCGCCCGACUCCUGGACGUGGGCCCAAGUGUGCUGGAAGGGCUGACUCAAGCUCUCACGCAUAGGUGAGAGACCGCGUUUUGUUACAAAGCAAUUUUAUCACAAAUUUUUCCACUCAUAUCUUAAAUCAUAAGUCUGUGGAUGGCAAGCUAUGAUGCCAUGGUUAAUGCCUCUCUGUUUUGUUGUUUAGGCCUCUGUGGCGCCUUAUUACGAGUCUGAAUAUUUAUAGGGAGAACUCGAGGCGUGUGAGAAUACGAAUCUCUGCUGCAUGAAGUCACACUAAACAGCACAUGCUAAGAGGAAGUCUUCUGGUCCAGCGUUACGUAAAUUCACAGGCCUUCAAGUCUCCAAAGUUAUGAAUUCAUUAAUGCUCCUCUUGGCAAAACUAACUUGUUUCACAGCCCGUGAUCUUCGGUGACACUUUCUACGAAAACAUACAGAUUACUUUUCGUAGUCUUUUGGGGGUGUCUGCAUCUCAAGUGGGUGUUUGCGUCCCUCCAGGCAGGCUCACCUUAGCGGCAGGAGGUAUCUCGAGUACCAGAUUGCUCAAGCGUUCACGGCGGUGGACGGCAGCUCUCGCCUGUACGUGGGCCGCGAGAGCCUCGACCCAGGCGCCUCGGGCUGGCCCAUCCCCCACGACGCCCCGUACAAGGCCCAGCUGGACCGCUGGAUGAUGGCCGCCGUGGAGGCAAGUGUAGAAAGGGAUCAGGUUCAAAGAGACAGGUUUACUGCUUUUAGUUUUGAUCAUUAUCGCAUAUUUUGUCUCUCAACAACUAACUCACGAAACUUGGAUAUUCAUUCGUUUCUGCAUGUAACAUUCAAACCCUCUGGUUAUUCUACAGAGUCUAAAUGCAGAUUGUUUUUAGUUUUAAGGCCAAACCCUAUACCAAUUGAGUGUUAAGGGAUGAUUGCAUAAUAUUAAAUAGGUGAGACUUAUAUUGAAAGGUCUGAAUACUACUACUGUUUGAGAUGAGUGUCCAUAUUUUAGUAUAUAAACUCCAUUGAAGCAACACAUGCUGGCGAGACCGUUUUUGCGUUGGUUCUCGCGGUUCCUUUUCUCCUAACAUCUAUCUUUCCUCUCAUAUGUCAGCUGUAGGUAACACAUGAGAGGAAGAAAUAGGUAUUGGGACAGUAAGGCAGAGCAGCCGAGAGGAGAGGACCCGCGGGAGCCAACGCCAAAAUGGACUCGCCAAUCUGAUUUCACUCUAGACAGGCCUGUGCAAGAAGUGGAUGGCGAACGAGCUCACGAAGGCCAGGCUGCAGAGUCAACGGAGGGAGCGGCAGCGGCAGGAGGGGAUGCGGGAGAAUGGUGGGACAGGCGAGGUGAAGGACGCGUCCCUGGCCCUCACCAUCACCCACACGCAGGGCGCCUUCAUCCUCCUGCAACUUGGGACGUGCAUCGCCGCCAUUGCCUUCGUCGAGGAGAUGCUGGUCCUCCGAUUCCGUUUUGCAGAGCUUAUCCGAGGCAGCCUCUAGCGAGGAGGCGGCGAACUCCGAGCUUUUUUUUAUAUGAUUUACGAUUUUAAUUCCAACCAUUACUUUCUUAUGGUUAACUUGGUCAUGAUCUUGGUUCGGGAGGUAUAGUCACUCCGUGUUUCAGUGACGACAGCUUCUAUAACGGAUUAGCUCAGACUUUCCCUAAAAAUUCAACUUUGGACAAUUCAGGGCAUAUUCCUCCUUUUUUGUUUUCAUAUGUUUUCGCCCCUGAACUGCCUCUUUUGCUGUAAGAAAAAAAUACAUGUCAUCAUCUGUAGAUAUUUCUAUGCGUUAUCGUGCUUGACUAUUGUGAUGUUCUAAAUGUUAAAAAUAGAAUGAAUGUGUGAUAAACAGACAGACGUAUCAGGUGUAAUAAUUAUCUUCCUAGCAGUAGUAAAUUCUGAGGUCUCGGUUAUAUGGUUGCGGUGUGCAAGAGAUAGACUGAUAGAUAUACACAGAGAUGGCUAGUUAAAUAGAUAGAUAAAUAGAUAGAUAGACAAAUAAAAAGAUGAUUAAAUGGAUGAAUACAUAGAUAUAUUACUGGAGGGAUAGUUAAAUAAGCAGACAGAAAUAAAAAGAUAGAAAAUAAGAGGCUUACUCAUGCUCUCAUAUUUGGUG